CACACACACACUCUCUCUCUCAUAGUCUCAUACUCCUCUUUUUCUCUUUUUUUUCUUUCUUUUUUUUUCAGAACCUCUUGUCUCCAGAAAUGGUAGAGACAAGUUUCUACAUCGGAAUCAUAGGAAAUGUAAUCUCCAUACUCGUCUUCCUCUCACCAGUGGAGACAUUUUGGAAGAUAGUGAAGCGAAAAUCGACGGAGGAGUAUAAGAGCUUGCCGUACAUCUGCACGUUGUUAGGAUCGUCGCUAUGGACAUAUUACGGCAUAGUCACUCCCCGAGAAUACCUUGUCUCCACCGUCAAUGGCUUUGGUACGGAAGAACAGAGUGAUGACGUCUCUGAACUCUUGCAGUUGGGCCUACUCUUUGGACCUGUCUUCUGGACAUGCAGAUUGAAUACAAUCGUAGUGGUAUCGUUGUUGAACGUCCUUUUCCCAAUCGCAGCGAUUGCUGCCACGAGAAGUGCGUUUAAAGAUGAGAAAACGCGUUCUCAAUCGAUGGGUUUCAUAUGUGCCGGUCUAAACAUUGUAAUGUAUGGAUCUCCUCUUUCUGCUAUGAAAACAGUAGUGACGACAAAGAGCGUGAAAUACAUGCCAUUUUGGUUGUCGUUUUUCCUCUUCUUAAACGGCGCGAUUUGGGGCGUUUACGCUUCACUCCAACAUGACAUUUUUCUACUCGUGCCAAAUGGAGUGGGGUUCGUGUUCGGGACAAUGCAACUCAUACUUUAUGGAAUUUAUAGAAAUGCCAAACCGGUCGGUUUAAGCAAUGGCUCAAGUGUGAUUGCUGCAGAUGAAGAGGAAGGCCUCGCGUCACAUGUCCCUCUCCUCUCGUAAACCCAAUUUUUCUCUGUUUUAUGAAAAUUAUAUUACAACACAAACCUCCUUUAGAUUAUUUCUUUUUAAUUUCUUGGAGAGUGUUUUGUGUGGAAUUUGGUCUUAUAUAGAUAAAUAUUUAUACUUGGUGUGCGAUUUUGUGUAUUUUACUUUCUGAA